GUCAGGUGACCGGAAGUACCGGGAAGCGCCGGGGGUGGCCGGGCGGAGGGGCUGGCGGGCGGCAGGGCCGGAGCCGGGCCCCGCUGAAUCUGAUGCUCACAAACUGAGCUCUCUCCAGCUGCCAAGAUGGUAAUAAACGUCUGUCUCCCGCAGUUCAAGCCAAGGAUUCACUGCAACAAGAUUUCUGCUGAUGGUUAUGAAGUGGAGAAUCUCAUCUCUGAAGACCUGGCCAGGAGAAACCGGGGCUUCCGCAGCGAGUACUUCAUCAAACCUCCUGUCCACGUCACCAUCUCAUUCCCCUUCAACAUCGAGCUCUGCAGGAUCAACAUCGACGUCUCAUCGGGGGGAUACCAAACCUUCUCUGGGCUCGAAGUCUACACCUCUACCUCAUGCACUAAAACCUCUUGGCAGAGCCCUGAGGCUCAGUUCUCAGGUCUGCCCAGUCAGCCCCUGUCAGACAAAGACACUUUCACACUGGUGGGCAAAGCUGUCUUAAAGAAUCAAAGCAAAGUGACAUUUGGCCAUAGAGGCUUCAAGCCAAGGCCUCCCUUCCUUCAGGUGGAAAACGUCGUGUCCUACCCCGGCUCUGCAUCUCAAGACCUCUGGAACAAAGGGCCCUCCUCGCUGAGCAAUGUGUCGCACUUAAGGAUCUGCAUCACCCACGUGGCUGGAGGUGGCCUGCCCUGCAUUAAGAGGCUGGAGGUGUGGGGACAGCCGGCCAAAUCCUGCCCCCAGGAGGUGAUCGAGGGUGUCUUUCAGGUGGCCUCCCAGUUCUUCACGCAGGAUGCUGGUAACCUCAAGCCAGAGCUCUGGACCCCAAUGGAGAGCGACUGCGUGCCCUUCAGUGCCAAUGACAGCGAGCAGCAGACCCUCCGCAAGCUGGUGGAUGUGGUCCAAGACAUCCCUGAGGAAUUCCUGGACCCCAUCACUCUGGAGAUCAUGACCUUCCCCAUGCUCCUGCCCUCGGGGAAGGUCAUCGACCAGACCACCUUGGAGAAGUGCAACCGGAGCGAAGCGUCCUGGGGCAGGGUCCCCAGUGAUCCUUUCACUGGGGUGGCCUUCAGCCAGCACUCACAGCCCCUACCUCACCCUACCCUCAAGGCUAGGAUAGACCAUUUCCUCUUGCAGCACAGCAUUCCUGGCACCAACCUGCUGGGGAGGGCUCAUGCCUCCGAAAUGCUCGUCCCUGCUUCCAUAACCAUGUCUUCUCUGAAGAGGAAACUGGACUGCAUGGAUCAGGGCUCUGUGCAGCCCCCUUAUUUUUCCUCUACAAACUUACUUGUCACGGCUACCUCAGAGAACAGUGCUAAAAAAAUGAAACCUGACAGUGACUCCCAUUUGAUCCACAUGGACUGUUCCACAGAUCUGGUCUCUCACGAGCAAAAGCUCUCCGAGAGUUUGGACACUGCCUUGAGCUCGGCGCUCAGCUCCAUGCCCUCCUUCACAGCCAAGCUGAUGAAGAGCCAGCAGCAGGCACAGAGCGAAGGAGGCUGCAGCAGUUCCUGGAGUGUGGGCACCAUACUGGAACACGGCAGGAGCAGCCAGACCCAAGGAUGCUCUUCCUGUGGGAAAACCUUCUCCUCCUACUUCAAGACAGAGCCCGUUUACCAGCUCCCCUGUGGACACCUCAUGUGUCGUCCCUGCUUGGCUGAGAAGCAGAAGGCUCCAUCCUCAAUACUGUGUGGGAGCUGUAAGAGACCGGCUGCCACACACGACGUCAGGAGGGUUCACUUCUGACCCCAAGCCUGCCAGGAGGAUGAGAACCAGGAGCUGCUCCCUGUGGCUGUGUUGAUCCAUAGGAGGAUGAAGGCCUUUGGAAGAGCUCACCAAGAGGGGCUUGGUCUUCUUGUGCUUACAGAGUAGUGGGGAAUGGGGAGGGGGGGGUGUUAGAGCAUCGCGCCGGAGCAAAGCGAUCCGAGGAUAAUAAAAGCCAUAGCUUCUUUAUCAAGGAAUAUGUAUUUAUACAGGACUGAUUUCCAGCUGUCACCCUCUUCCCACCAUCCCAGUGGUUUAGCAUAGGUGCCUUUUGGACUGUGAGUUUAGCUUCCCUGUGAGUUCAAACCAUUUCCAUCUCUGCCGUUCGGUCGUGGACCAGGCGAUGUCCUCGUGAUGGCCAACGUGCAUCUCCCUGACCUCCCCUCAUUCCCAUGCUCCUGGUGGGGCUGCAGGAGCACAUCCACCAUCCUGGAGUCCAGCGAGUCCCGAAGAGAGGCCAGGAGCAACGUGUGAGUAAGUGGCAGAGGUCUCAUCCUGCUCAUAGCAACUCCUGUAGAGAAGCCAUCGCAUCGCACCAGACGUCACCCUCGGGUUGUGUCUUGUGUCCGGACCGGCUCCGUCUGCCUAAUAGACAUUUAAGCCUUAAUAAAACCAUGUUUAAAGUCA